AUGCACGCUGCAAUCAUAUUGCUAGUUCCCUUACAAGCCCUGAGUCGCCCGCAAGCCCUGGAGCGCGAACGCUUUCUUGACCAUACGAGUUUGUCGGGACCGUGCCUAUAUCAUGCUUUAGAGUAUACAUCCUCUCUUGUUGGACACUUCUUGCAGGGUUCGAAGGAUGACCAACAUGAUUUCAUUGAUUGCAUCAACCAUACGGUUCCGCCACAACCUAAGAGAAAGUUGGACGCGUUCCAAUCUGAUGUGCCAGCGCCCCAUCCAAAGAGGCAACAAAUCUUAUCCACCAAUUCAAACAACCGACCUGAAGCAACAGAGACCUCCCAGAGUGAACCCCAGUCUCAGGAUGUCACCAAGAAUGACGAAAAGCCUCGUGAUAAAUGCCCCCAACAAGACGAGGUUAGCCGCAACAGACUGGAGAGGGACCGGUGCUGUCUACGAGAUGAAUAUAAAUGCAUCUUCACGAAUACAUCACCUGCACAGGCGGCCCAUAUCAUUCCAUUCGCCUGCAAUAAAAAUGAAGACAGUAGGAACAAAACCGGAGCACUUCUAGGUGAGGUCGGCUUGGCCUUUGAAGCUUUCUAUCCCGUGGAAGCACAUAGAGAUCUUGAAAAACUUCUAAGCCGCCAAUCAGGAAGUUCCGACAAAUACUGGAACAUGGUAUCCAUUGAUCGCCGUCUUUAUCCUUUAUGGGGGCGAGCAUUGUUCGGUCUAAAAUGCUUGGGCAUCUCGCCUCACAAGGAAGCACGAAGCGAUGGAGAGUGGGAUGUGCGCAUUCAGUUCAACUGGCUAUACCGCCGAAGUGGGAGUCCUGACAGACUAAUAUACCUAGAAAAUGACGCGAAUGGUAUGAAGGAGAUGGCCGAGAUGCAGAUCAAACACGAGGACGACGGAGCCCCUGCACCCAAGAAUUCAAACAUACCUAUCAUCUCCGGGCAUACUGUCAUCUUGAGCAUGCCUGAAGACGAUGCGAUUAAGUGCAAGAUGAUGCUGGAUGUUCAAUGGAACUUACUUUGUAUUGCAGCUUUGAGUGGCGGAGCCGAACAUCCUGAGCUACUUCCCAAGCCUGAGACUUUUUUUGCCAUGUUCAUGACCUAG